AUGCUCUCCCCCCACUAAGACGAACACCGGUUUUCUUAUGAAGAUCAACUUCUACAUUUUGUGAUCGUCACCCGACGUUUAAUAUUUUUUCUAUACAUAUUUUUAUUAUCCAAAGAUUUAAUUAAUUUGUUUUUUUCAAAAAAAAACAAUGGUUAUCGCUCAAAAAUUUCUUAUAGUUAAACAUUUCGAUGGUGAACCUAAAGAAUCGGAUUUAAAAUUGGUUAAAGAAGAAUUACCAUCGAUUAAGGAUGGAGAAUAUCUUGUGGAAGCUGAAUAUCUUUCAGUGGACCCGUAUAUGAGAGUUUAUUCGUUAAAAGUUCCAAUUGGAAGUGUAAUGAUUGGAGGUCAAGUGGCAAGAAUAAUUGAAUCAAAGAAUAAAAAUUUUCCAGUUGGUCGAAGAAUUUUGGGACGUUUAGGUUGGACGAGUCAUAUGAUAAUUAAUCCAAAUGAUGAUGAUAAAACAAAAUUUUUAAGUCAACCACCACAUUUAAUACCAGAGACAGAGAAUAUUUCACCGUCUCUUUAUUUGGGAGUUUUAGGAAUGCCUGGUAAUACGGCAUAUUUUGGAUUUUUGGAAAUUUGCAAACCAAAAGCUGGCGAAACUUUAGUUGUUAGUGGUGCUGCAGGAGCGGUUGGUUCUCAUGUGGGACAAAUUGGAAAAAUUAAAGGUCUCAAAGUUAUUGGAAUUGCGGGAUCUGAUGAAAAAUGUAAAUGGCUCGUUGAUGAACUUGGUUUUGAUCAUGCAAUUAAUUAUAAAACUGAUGAUAUUAUAGCGGCGUUAAAAAAAAUUGCACCAAAUGGAAUUGAUUGUUAUUUUGAUAAUGUUGGAGGUGAAUUGUCAAAUAUUGUCAUGUAUCAAAUGAAUAAUUUUGGACGUAUUGCCGUUUGUGGAUGUAUUUCAUCAUAUAAUUCUCCUGAUCUUGAAGAUGUUACGAAAUUACCAAAAGUUGGUCUCGUUCAACGUGUUUUUAUUAAUAAACAAUUAAAAAUGGAAGGUUUACAUAUUUCACGAUGGUUUUCACAAUAUAAUGAAAGUACUAAUCAAAAUUUAAAAUGGCUACAGGAGGGUAAAAUUAAACCAAAAGAAACAAUUACUAAAGGAUUUGAAAAUAUGUUUCAAGCAUUUAAUGGAAUGAUGCAGGGAAAAAAUUUUGGCAAAGCUAUUGUUAAAGUUUAAUUUUGAAAUUAAAAAAAAUAAUUUUCUAUCAUUGACGUAAUUUUAAGAUUUUUACAUAUUUUUCUAAAUAUAGAAAAUAAUAAAUAUUUACAUAUA